AAAAAAAGUUCCAGCCUUCGAAAGUCGCAUGCAGCCAUAACCCCGAUCCUCAUCCCUCUCACUUUUCCACGAAGCGCCUGCCCUUCCUGAUUACAGCCGUUCUUCGACAAAGCAUCAGCCGCACCUACGGAACUCUGAUAUCCUAAAAUGGCGUCAGAAACCUCAAAAAAGAGAAAGCUGAAGGACAGCAGCGCGCCCAAGGCUGCAUCCGACGAGCGGAAGUCCAAGAAGUCCAAGAAGAGCAAGGUGGUGGAGCCGGAACCCGAGGUCGAGGAGGUGGAGGAGGAGCAAUCAUCCUCCAACGAGGCUGAACAGGAUGAAGUCGCCAGCGAGAGCGAAGCCGACGAGUCACCAGAGACCGAAGAGCCCCAGGAGGAGCAAGCUGCGAGCGCCGAGCUGCCGUCGCAAAGUCACCUAUCACUGCCCCAGGAGGCGGGUACCGAAUUCCAGGAGUUCCAGCAGCUGAAUCUCUCCGAGAAGACGAUCAAGGCCAUAAACGAGAUGGGGUUCACAAAGAUGACGGAGAUCCAGAAGCGAGCGGUGCCACCGCUGCUGGCGGGCAAGGACGUCCUCGGCGCGGCCAAGACGGGCAGUGGCAAGACGCUCGCCUUCCUGAUCCCGGCCAUUGAGAUGCUGAGUUCGCUCAAGUUCAAGCCGCGUAACGGCACCGGCGUCAUUGUCGUGUCCCCGACCAGGGAGCUGGCGCUGCAGAUCUUCUCGGUUGCGCGGGACCUGUUGAAGCACCACAGCCAGACCUACGGUAUCGUCAUCGGCGGCGCGAACAGGCGGGCUGAGGCCGACAAGCUGGGCAAGGGAGUCAACCUCAUCAUCGCGACCCCCGGGCGGCUGUUGGAUCACUUGCAAAAUACCCCGUUUGUGUUCAAGAACCUGCGGUCGCUGAUCAUCGACGAGGCGGACCGGAUCCUGGAGAUUGGUUUCGAGGACGAGAUGAGGCAGAUCAUCAAGAUCCUGCCCAAGGAGGACAGGCAGACGAUGCUGUUCUCUGCGACGCAAACCACAAAGGUUGAGGACCUGGCGAGGAUAUCCUUGCGGCCGGGACCUCUGUAUAUCAACGUGGACGAGGAGAAGCAAUAUUCGACCGUCGAGGGCGUGGAGCAGGGCUACUGCAUCGUGGACGCCGACAAGCGAUUCCUGCUCCUGUUCAGUUUCCUGAAGAAGAUGUCCAAGAAGAAGAUCAUUGUCUUCUUCUCCAGCUGCAACUCCGUCAAAUACUUCGCCGAGCUCCUGAACUUCAUCGACCUCCCCGUCCUCCACCUGCACGGCAAGAUGAAGCAGCAAGCCCGGACCAACACUUUCUUCGAAUUCUGCAAUGCCACACAGGGAACACUGAUCUGCACGGACGUUGCUGCUCGUGGUCUCGAUAUCCCCGCAGUGGACUGGAUUGUGCAGUUCGACCCCCCAGAUGACCCCCGCGACUACAUCCACCGCGUGGGCCGGACGGCGCGAGGGACCAACACCAAGGGCCGGUCGCUCAUGUUCCUGCAGCCCAGCGAGGUCGGGUUCCUGUCACACCUCAAGGCGGCGCGUGUCCCCGUGGUCGAGUUCGAGUUCCCGUCCAGCAAGAUCAGCAACAUCCAGUCGCAGCUCGAGAAACUCAUCGGCAAGAACUACUACCUGAACCAGAGCGCAAAGGACGGGUACCGCAGCUACCUGCACGCCUACGCCAGCCACUCGCUGCGCAGCGUCUUCGACGUCAACAAGCUGGACCUGGUCAAGGUGGCCAAGAGCUUCGGGUUCGCGACCCCCCCGCGUGUCGACAUCCGGCUCGGGGCCAGCAUGCCCAAGGACAAGAAGGUGCAGGGCCGGCGGCCGUACGGGAGCCAGCCGCAGCAGAAGGGUAAUGGGUUCAGGAAGCACCGCGCAUAGUUGAUGGUGUCGAGAGUGUGUGUGCUCUAAGCACCAUGUUUUGUUUGGAGGUUUCUGAGUGGACUCCCGGCUGUGACAGGGCUGGGGAUUUAUACCUGGUAGGCGUCCUGGUGGGAUCAUUUCGAGGCGUUGAGCACCCAAAAUCAUUCAGCAGCAAAGAGGCAUCUUCGUAUUUUGAAAUAAGUAUUCGGCCUGGCUACUUGGGUCAUCCGGCCCAAUGCAGGGGCCUGAAAGGACGCGUUCCUCGAGAGUACCUUAGAUGUUUUGGAGGUCAAUAAAUAUGGAAACCAGUAAAAGAUAACAAAUGUUCCUGCCCUUAUAUCCGAGCACCAAUGAUCUGGUGCUCCCAAACUCCCCAACACCAACACAAUGCAGCAAACGCUAGAGAAAGACUUGCGAGCGGACGAGAUGUAAUGGCACACCUUCCGUCCAGCCCCUAGAAUCUUGAGUCCGUACCGAGAUCUACGGUAUGCCCUUCUACCGAGACUCCCUGAUCCCAUCACCAGUGCUCAACCAGAACGGGGCAACCACUUCAGCCCCCCCUCCACCUUAUCCCCCACCCACACCGGCCCUCUCACUUCAGCACAGCAAUAAGCAGCACCAGG